AUGAAAUUGUCAAUUCAGAGAUCUUUAUAACUUCAAAAACGUGAAUGGCAAGAACAGAGCCACAGUCCUUCUAUUGAUAUUCAUCAAAAUGUUCCAUCAGAAAUACUGAAUGAAACAUCUAGUCCAUUCUCACUUCCUAUAUUUCUUAUGCCCUUAAUCUAUGGCACAUUCAUCUUCAUUCUUAUGAUUCAAAUGCAUCAACAACAGCAACCUUAAAAAGAUCCAGUCAGUGCUUCUGCCACCUUGAAAACUCUCCAAGAAAACUUAGCUUCAUCACCAAUCCUCGAUAUUUAAAACACAAUCGAAAUCAAUCGACUCCAUCGACACUAUUAGAGUUGCCCAUAUGGAUUUGAAAUUACUACCAUUGGUAUUUGGGAAGGAAUUAACUCAGGUUGUCUCUGUUCAAAUGGCGAAUUAAAAGAAAGAUCCUAUUGUUAUACUCAUUUUAAAUCUGAUUGCCAGAGUGUUCUGUAUUAUAAAAGACAACAAUUCUAGUAUUGGAAGGGAGAAAUGUAUUGUGUGGAAUUUGCGCAAAAAUGGAAAUGGGUUGGGAAUUAAGAUUGUCCACAUGAUUACUAUAAAUGUGCAAAUGGAAUAUGUAUAUCAUCAUCGAAUCCUAAAUGUCCAAUUACAGAUUUAAUUGAAACAAAAUCACAAACUGAAAAGUAAAUAAAAAUUGGGUCAAAAUAUUUCAAUAAGUAUCGUAACGGUUCAACACCAUUAAUAAAUUUUUAAAUUGUUCCAGGUGUUUCUCCUAACUCUAUGUGUUUAAAUUCACAAGUUUAACCUAAGUUUUAAAGUGGUAAAUAUUAUCCUUUAAACAUUGUUCCUGAGAAAGGAUGUGACAAAUAUGGAAAUACAUUCAGAUUAUUAGUUUAAAUAGUAUAUGAUGAUAAUGAUUUUACUAAUUUCUAAACCAUACCAUACUUUUUAGAUUAUAUUGAUAGUAUGGAUACUUACACACUAUAAAUAAUGAGUCGAAUAACCAUUAAUUCAACGCAUCCAGAAUGUAAUUUUGUUGAUCCAAAUAGUAUUAAAACGCUGAGAUUACAAGGAGAGACUAUCAUUGCAUACAGUCAUUAUGUAGGCAAAAUAUCUUUAGUGUUAACAACUGUUUUAUUAAUUACUUCUUUGUUGUUUUAUUUACUCAGAGAUGUGACUUUCAUAAGCGUAGACUUUACAAAAUUUUAACAUAUUGAGUAUUAAUUGGUGAUUUCUUUUAUUUUAUCCAUGAGUAAUAUAGCUUUGGGUAUAAUUUAUUACACAUAAGCCGAUGGUCUAAAAGGAAUUGAUGGCCAGAAUAGAAUAUAUCACGAAUAUCAAAAAUAUAAUUGUUUUAUAGAUGAAGGAAUUACAAAUGCUUUUAAAGAAGUAAUAUUAUUUGCAGAGCAUUCAUACUUAAACACAGAACCAUGGGUAAAAGGAUGCUUUUACGGAAGUACCUGUUUCAUUGUGAUUAUUGCAAUCUUAUUAUUUCUGCAAUAUUAAAAGGUAUAACACUUCUUUGUUAAACCUUGGAAAGUAAAAUUAAAUUGA